CAGGCGGUGGGUGUGCCCAUCUCCAAGAUCUCCCUCUACACCGCGUGCGGCGGCAUCCCGCCCUCCCUCACCAUGCCCGUCAUGGUGGAUGUGGGCACGGACAACGAGGAGCUGCUGAGGAGCCCGUUCUACGUGGGCGUACGACACAGUCAGUUAGUUGUUUCCUCUUUUCCCCCUCCCCCUUGCACCCCCCCAGGCGUGUGCGCGGCGACCCCUACUACGAGCUGAUGGACGAGUUCCUGACCGCCGUCAAGAGGCGCUUCGGGAACACCGUGCUGGUGCAGUUUGAGGACAUGGCGUACGACAACGCCUCCAAGCUGCUCAACAUGUACCGCACCGAGUUCCCCGCCUUCAACGACGACAUGACGGGGCUGGCGGCGGCGGUGCUGGCAGGCAUCAUGGCGGCGCUGCCCAAGACGGGCGGCAGGCUGGCGGACCACCGCAUCGUGUUCGUGGGCGAGGGUGCCGUUGUCGCCUGCAUCGCCGAGCUGUUCGCCACCGCAGUGGCCACCCAGACCAACCAGACGGUGCUGGACGCCAGGAAGAAGCUCUGGCUGGUGGACGCUAAGGGUCUGGUGACUCGCGAGCGCGGCGACAGCUCCACCCUGGAGUCCUUCAAGCUGCCGUACUGCCACUCCGCCCCCUCCCCCUCCUCCCCCGGCGGCCCCUCCGACCUGCUGGGGGCGGUGCGGCUGCUGCAGCCCACCGUGCUGGUGGGGCUCAGCUCGCAGGGGGGGCAGCCGCCCUUCGCGUUCACACCGGAGGUGCUGCAGGCCAUGUCUGAGACCUGCAAGCACCCGCUCAUCUUCCCGCUCAGCUCCACCCCCGAGUGCACCCCCGCGGAGGCAUAUGCGCACACGCAGGGCAGGGCGCUGGUGGCGACGGAGCAAAAGUCCGAGCCCGUGCCGCUCCCCAACGGCCGGCUGGCCUACCCCGGCCAGUGCACCUCCACCUACAUCUUCCCCGGCGUGGGUCUGGGUGCGCUCAUCAGCCGCUGCACCAAGCUGCGCGACGAGCAGUUCAUCGCGGCGGCGGAGGCGGUGGGGCGCAUGGUGGCGGAGGACGAGCUGGCCAGGGGCAGCAUGUACCCGGCGCUGAGCAAGAUCCGCGAGGUGUCCGCCAGUGUGGCCCGCGCAGUGGCCCAGAAGGCCUACGAGGGCGGCUUCGCAACCGCGCUGCCCAAGCCGCACAACCUGUACGAGGCGGCGCGGAGCAGCAUGUACCACCCGCAGUACAGGAGGUACAGGUAGAGGCGCGGUGGGCUGGCAGGGAGGCUGGUUGCAUGGGAGGCUGCCUACUGGGGGGGCCGCCAGCUGGGGCCGGCUGGUUUGUUGGAGGGAUGGCUGCUUUGUUGGGGGCUCCGCAGAGGCAGCCUGAGAGGGAGCGCUUGCGAAGCCCAGAUGCGGAAGUGCCGGAGUGGGCUUACCUGCGUUGGCAUGGCUUACAUGUAGAGAGAGUUGGAGGGAGUUUUUUUUAAGUUUUGUUGAGGUGAGAAGCAGGAACUGUAAGACGAGGGGUUGAGAGUGCAUGUGAGAUUGUGGCGGGCUGUGCGGGUCGCCGCCGGGGGUGUGUACGGCGUCCUGCCGUACAGUCCGUACCGUUGGUGGUGCAUGCGUACUUGUACCUCAUACAAUACAAGAGAGCGCUGCUGAGCGAGAGAAUUUGCUGGAGGGAGAAAGAAGAAAGAACCAGAAGAUCGAGAGAGUGGCGCUGUCACAGGCGCACGUGUUUACUCGUUGAGGCUUAUAAAGGCUUGGGAUUAGGUUAAGGUACAUCCCAACCAACUUUGUACGAAUAAGGAUAUCGUGGACUUGUAGAGCGGAUAAAAUGCGGCCCUGGCUUGGAGGAGCGCCGGUGAGGGAUGCCUGCUGGUCUGGCUUGUGGGCACUGGCUUGUGUUGUACCUCGGGUCUGCCGCUGCCAGCACCUGCACUUGCAUAGGAAAGUGUAGUCGGGUCGAUGAGGGUUUCAAUGGAACGGUGCAGCAGCAGCAUGAACUGACCGGACACCAGUCGGAUAGGCUAACAGCAUAUCACGGUAUGUAAUUGUUGCAUGUCUG